GAUCCAUACAAAGCUCUUGGGGUCUCCAAAGACGCGUCUGCCAAUGAUAUAAAAAAGGCUUACUUUCAGCUGGCCAAAAAAUAUCAUCCGGAUACAAAUAAGGAUCCAGCAUCAAAGGAAAGGUUUCUAGAGAUACAAAACGCGUACGAGAUCUUGGGUGAUGAACAGAAGAAACAAGCUUAUGAUACGUACGGUGAAGCGUCACAACAGCCUGGCUUUGAUCAGAAUCCGUUCGGUGCUGGUAAUCCAUUUGCCGGUGCGGGAGGGUUUUCUAGAGGGUUUGCCGGCUCGGGUGGCACUGUGGAAGAUCUAUUUUCAACAUUAUUCGGUGGGGGUCCAAUGUCGGGGAGAGCUCGAGCUUCAACUCGCGGGGACGACAUCGAAAUAUCUAUAUCGGUAUCAUUUAUGGAGGCGGCCAAGGGAACGUCCAAGACAGUGAAUGUCACCCCCGUCAGUGACUGUUCGACGUGUACUGGAACUGGAAUGAAGACUGGAAAAAAGAGAACACAAUGCCCGACAUGCAGGGGGACGGGUCAGCAAACCUUUGUUCUGAACAGCGGGUUCCAGAUGGCCAGUACCUGCUCUACCUGCCAGGGAGCCGGUUCUACAAUCCCUCGUGGUGCAGAAUGUGAUGAUUGUGGCGGUGUAGGAAAAAUCAAGUACAGGAAACAGGUGAAAAUCGAAGUGCCGGCAGAUUGCCGCUGGUUUUGGCGAGCUUAUCGUAUUCAUUCCACGUCCACGCGCCUUUUUCGUUAUUCAAACGCUGUGAUCUUUUGGUGGCUUGUUUUGACUGAUGCAAAUUUGUUUGCCUUUUCGACAGGAGUCGAAGACGGAAUGACCGUGCGUGUACCUGGGGAAGGUGAUGCGCCCAUGUCGACCAGAGGAUCAAACGGCGAUCUUCUAGUCAGGGUGAAUGUCAGCAGUUCAAAUGUCUGGCGACGUCAAGGUACCAACCUAUACUAUGACGCUCCGAUACCUCUCCACACGGCCGUCUUGGGUGGAAGGAUUCGAGUGCCAACUCUCGAUGGCGAGGUAGAAGUCCGUGUGGCACCUGGCACGCAGCCUGGUGAAGAUGCCGUUCUGCGGGGCAGAGGAGUACAAUCCGUCAUGCACAAGGCAGCAAAGGGAGAUCUAUUCAUUUCGUACAUGGUCCAAGUCCCCAGGAAUCUGAGUCGCCGUCAGAAAGAAUUGAUGCAACAAUUUGCGGAUGAGGUAGAAGGAAGAGCCCCCGCUCAGACUCCCAAUUCGUCUUCGUCGUCGACAGGCUCCACUGCUAAGAGUAAUAGCACGUCGGCAUCAGACCCGCCAUCGCCAUCUGCGGCCGG